UGAAGCCUACACAACGUUAUUUGGUACUAAUCCCUUGAACAGACAUCGAAUUGACAUGAGCAUACUGGACCUGCCAAUCAAGAGUUUUGUGAUGUUGUCAUGUGGAGGAAUUGGAGUUGACUCUGACACAACUUGGAAUGAACUUCAUACAGCUAGUGCUUCUCGAAUGGCCGCGGGAUGCGUUAUAGAACUGGCCCUGAAAGUAGCUACUGGAGAAGUCAAGAAUGGUUUUGCCGUUGUCCGACCACCAGGUCACCAUGCUGAAACUCAACAAGCUAUGGGUUUUUGUUUUUUUAAUUCCAUUGCCGUUGCUGCAAAACAGUUGAGACAAAAAUUGAAAUUAGAAAAAAUGCUGAUAAUUGAUUGGGAUGUUCACCAUGGUAACGGUAUCCAACAAAUUUUUUACGAUGAUCCUCAUGUCCUCUACAUCUCUCUCCACCGACAUGAUGAUGGUAAUUUUUUCCCAGGAACUGGUGAUCCACUGGAGGUUGGAGUUGAAGAUGGAAUUGGUUUUAACGUCAACAUUGCUUGGACAGGUGCACUGAAGCAACCAAUGGGAGAUGCUGAGUACAUAGCUGCAUUCAGGACCAUUGUAAUGCCAAUUGCUCGAGAUUUCAAUCCAGAAAUCAUCCUUGUUGCUGCAGGAUUUGAUGCAGCUAUUGGCCACCCUGCACCACUAGGAGGCUACACCGUUUCUCCUUCCUGUUUCGGGUACCUAACCAAACAACUGAUGACACUUGCUAAAGGACGUGUGGUUCUUGCUCUGGAAGGAGGCUAUGACCUUACCUCUAUCUGUGAUUGUACUCAAGAAUGUGUCAUGGCUCUGCUGGGAGACGAAGGAACACCUUUACCAGAAGAUGAAAUAACUCGAAAACCUUGUCCUAUUGCUGUGGAAGUUCUUCAACGAACUGUCGUAACUCAAGCUUCCCAUUGGCCGUGCAUCAAACGCUGGGCACCUACAAUUGGCUAUUCACUUUUGGAAGCUCAACAGAAAGAACGGGAGGAGUUAGAUACUGUCACAGCUCUUGCCUCUCUGUCGAUGACUGUUACUCAUAUUCAGAAACCAGAAUCAUCUCAAGUUGAGGAACCAAUGGAGGAAGACCAAGAUAAGUGAAGAAGCAGAUAAUCAGAUAACUAUCUGAUAUGAUGUGAUCUAAUGUUCAUUUUUUAGAAGUUCCACCUUGAUCCCCACAUGUUAAGGAAGUGAAACACCAUUGGCUUAGUCCGGAAUGGAUGUGCCUCACAGACUUGGAUGUUGUAGCCACAGCAACUUGUGUCAUUGUUGAGUGAGCAUGUUUGUUUAUAUAAGAUGUGUAUAAAUGAGGGUAAAUUGCAUGUCUUAAAAGUCCUGCAGAUUCCACGAUGAAGAAUCCCAUGUCACUUCUAUUUUCAUGUUGGUACUUGAAGACGUCAUAUUAAGAUGACAUGGAAUGGAGCUAAAGUCUAUCCUACCACACCCGAUAUCGUAUUUAUCAUUCACUUUCUAUGUGACGUGUUGACACUUUUACAGAAGGCCGGAAGCACUAACAUAUAAACUGUAAAACUUUAUGUACAUGUUUUACAUAAGCAAAAAAAAACAUUUACAUAAACAAAUGAAUGUACUGUUAGGUUUUCAGAAUCCAGUUGUGGUAAAUGCUCGUGUUACUUUUUAUAAAAAAACAACAACAAGAAAGUAGUCAGUACAUUUGAAAUGAAUAGGUAAAUUGUUUUUUGUUUUUUUUAUUUGUGUCUGUGAGAGCUGGAUUCUCCCAUAAUUCUACAAAGAAACAAUCCAGUGUUGUUGUUUGAGAGUUCAAGAAUAUGUACUAUGAAUGAACAUUUAGUUAUUUACAAAUCAUGUUGUUCAAGUUUAUGUAUUUUAAAUGUUUAUUCUGUAACACUGGUUACUCUCUUUCCUGGCAUGUCUUUGUGGCUAGUCACAGUAAAACUGGCAUGAACAUAGCAUUUAUUGACACAAGUCAUGUUUAUUUGUAAUACGAGUCACCUCGUUAGAAUAUUUUACUAGAUUUCUGUUGUAUAAUUUGUCAGUUAUAAAUAUAAAAUCAUUGUGGAUUUAUUAUAACCAGGUUAUGCCAUAACUGUAAUUUAAUAUGGAUACAUGAGCUGCACAUUUACCAAGUGAUUCACAACUUGCGUGGUGGGAUUAUUAGUUAAACAUAGUUCAAAGGGCAAUAAAACAAUAAAAUUAAGUAUAAGGAGAUGUAGACUAUCACAAGUUAUAGUAUAGAAACUCUGGUUAUUUUGUGGUUCUGAACUCAAUCACACCGACUGAGCGAGUUGUGAGAGGGGUUCGUUCGCUCCAUCCAUGUACUACUGUCUCAUUCCUGCUCUUACAUGACAUUUUAAGAAAUAAAUAUAGUUUUUUCCCCAGUCCCUUGUCACCAUAAAUAUUUAUUGCAUUCUCUAAUGAACCUUUCCCUUCUGAGAAGCUUACAGUCUACUAAAAGGUAGCGAGAUGGUUUUGAGCAUUCAACCUCAUCCAACACCACUUGAAGCACUGGUAACGUCUGAAACACUCAAAAGCCCUCUUUCAGUCUCAUGUUGGAGAUAUUUGCAUUAAACACCUAAGCUGUGAAGUGAAAUAUCUUUCAUAUUGUUAUAUUAAGCUUUCACAUUUAAUGUACAUUUUCGCUCAGGCUAGUUACACUUCGAGCAAGUAUUAAAAACUGACAUGUUUCAUUUGUUAAAUGACAAACAAGUUCUAGGACCAGGAAAAAAACCUUGUUUGUGGCAUUCUAAAAAAAAAGCAUUUUUAAGUUCUUAUAAAAAUAUUUGUUGUUUGUAUUGUAAAAAAAUAUAUACAAAUUAUAUAUAUAUACACAUUAUGUAUCAUUGCCAUAAAUAUUAAGGAAUUUUGUGAUGUGUAGCCAGUAUAGUGAGGGUUUUAUUGUUUCGGGCACUAUAUUGUGUAACAUCAGAAUUGGAUGAGUAUAUUUAAUAUCCAUACCUACAGGUUGUCUAGUCAAAUCAUGGUCUUAAUUAGGUUUGGAUUAGUUCCAAGUUAUCAUACUCUCCACCAAAAUGUGGCAUAUUAUCUCUAUAAACUUACAAGUUGUUAAUUCUGAGAUUCAGCUAUAUAUAACUAUAAGCUUUGCAUUAAUUCUAUUUCAGAGACAUACACAUGACAAUUUGUUUUUUUAUAAAAAACGGUAAUAGCAGCUGUUUAAAUAAAACUUUUUUCACUAAUGUACCAGACAAGGAUAUUUUGUUUCUGCUACAAUAACUGUAGAAUUCAGCGUGUUUGUCGUCUGUGAAUGUUGAUAAAUAACCACUUUGAAAAUGUUUACAGAAACUCGACCUUCAACUGGUUCACAAAACACUUGUUUCUUAUUUCAUUAAAGUGUUUUAAAUCUAUUCAAAAUAUUGCUUUGACAGUUUAAGUAAACACCCGAGCUGUAUCUCAAACAAACUAAUUCUCCAGGUUUUUUUUAUAGUAUUUGUGAUUAUGGUAUUUUGUUUGUUGCUAAUCUUCUUAAUAACCUGAAAAAUCUAUCUUGUUCAUUAUAGCAUUAAAUGCACUGUAGUUGAUUUUUACAAAAUGUUCAGCAUAACUUCAUUCAAUAACAGAUCGGGUGAAAUAAACUACGUUUUUAGGAUAACAAAAACUGUAAUAUGUUAAGAGAGGAAAAUGAUUUAUGAUAAGUUGUUUUCAUUUUGACAUAUAUAAAUAAAGAAAACUACUAAUUUCCAACUAUAUUAUAGAGAAACUUGGAUUCACGUUUCAAAAUAUACUGUUUAUUCUUCUCUCCGAGUAUAUUCCCCUGAAUAGUUUUAAAGUUUACCCCAGUGCUUUCUACCACUGGUCCACGGAAUUUCACACAAAAACAAAUUAUAUUCAUAUGUAAAUUGUAAUAUAUUUUGUUUGUUUUUUGUUGUACUUUCACUUUGGUGGUCCCCGAUAGUUUAAGGAGGCAGGCAGUGAGCCAGUUCCUAGUAUCGAACAGGUUAAGAAAUGCUGAUUUAAUGAGAAUAUAGUUUGACUGAUGUUAUAUAGAUAGUAGUAAGGUUAUUCAGUGUUGUAGUAUAAGUGUCAUCCUAAUAAUAUUUAUGUAUGUAAAGAAGUUUCAAACAUCAAAGUAACUCUAUCUCAUGUUAUUUUGAAAUAUCACUCACCCUGAACAACUGACAUCAUUCAUAUAUACUACCACUAAGAUCACCAUAACUUUGUAUUAUUUUUCUGAUCACAAUUUUACAUAUCAUGUCAACAAUAUUUCUAUUGAGUUCAAAUACAUAACUUUAUAAUAUGUAAACCUGUGCUGUGUAAAUGUAGCAUUAUGAAACUUUGUGGCUUACGUUAUUGAAUUGAAGGAGUGUUGGUUUUGAUACGAGAGCCAUUGACGAUUAUCAACACAUCCGUUAGUAAAUUAUAAGCAUAUUUAUAAUGAACUUUUAACACCUUUACUUCUUUCUCUGUUGUCCAGUGGUCAGUAACUUCUAAGGUCACUUAAAGAUAAAGGUCAACUACAAAAUAUGUUAAUGAUAUUUAAUUGAUUGCUUUGAUUGUCAAAGAUUUAUUCUGAGAAAUGUGAAUUAUACGUUAUUGCUUCAUAAACAGUAUCAAGACACUUACAUAGAUGAGUAUGUAAGGUUAAACUACUCAGAGUCAAGUAUAGACAGAACUGCUCUAUAAUUCUUAUACUAGUACUGCUUUAACGAUUAGCUUUCAGUAGCAGGAGAUUAAUCUCUUUUUCAUCCAAGUUUUUAACUGGAGUAACGUUAUUCUGAUUUAAUCCUUGAGCAUUUGUGAAGUAUUUUAUAUAGUUAGAGAUUUCAAUUAUAAAUUAUUGUCUUAAGUGAUAUAUAUACGAGCUUUUAAAAUGUUUUCCCGGUGUUUUAAGAUGAACAUUUUGCCGAAAUUAAAUGUUUGAAAAAAUGUAUAUUUUCUGUCAUACAUGUGACUCUCUUUUUAGAUGAAAUACAUUAUAUGUUGGUGUUACAUACUACUUAAUUUUACUGAAUCCUAACCAUUUAAUUAGGAUCACAAACUUGUUUUAUGUUUAAUUUUGUAUAGUGAAAAUAACUGAAUGUAUCUGUCGUGUACUUGUACCUGAUCUCCAUCAUCAAUAAAGAUUUGUUUGGCCGUCAAAA